AUGUCCGACGAUUAUAUUGCUCUUGACCAGCCAGUUUCGGUUUUUAGGUCUAAGCGCAACUGGUUCCUCUCCGGGUUGGCAGCACUUUUGAUAGUGUGUAUUUACGAGGCCACGAACAUCGCACAUAGGGCUACGUCGCCUCCAGUGGCUCCUUUGAUUUGUGAUUUUGUAAACAAAUCCGAAGAGCUGCCGGUUCACAAGGUUCACAAUUUAUUGGCGGACUCAGCAUUGCGCAACCAAACGAUCGCGAAACUGCAAAAUGCGGUUCGCAUCCCCACCGAGAUCUUCGACACCGCUGUGAAUCCAGAAGUCGACGCCAACGACAAGUGUUGGGAGCCUUUCAAAAAACUUCAUAAACAGCUUGCCAAAGACUUCCCUGCCGUUUGGUCGAAGUUGGAGGUCGAAAUAGUCAACCACUAUGGGCUGAUCAUCACCUGGAAGGGCUCCAACCCCAAGUUGAAGCCGAUUAUGUUUGCAGCACACCAGGAUGUGGUUCCUGUGGAACGCAAGACGUGGGAUAAGUGGCAACACGAGCCCUUCUCAGGAGACCUUACCGAAGACGCCGAGUGGGGCACUCUUAUGUGGGGACGCGGUUCUUUCGACGACAAAAACCAGCUCAUCGGUGUUUUGCAAGCGGUGGAAUACUUACUGACUAAAGAAAAGGAUUUCACGCCAGAGCGCGGUAUUAUCAUAGCUUCUGGAUUCGACGAGGAAAUCAGCGGCCACUUCGGAGCUCAGUACAUCGCUUCUGUUUUAGAAGAAAGGUACGGCCACCAUGGUCUUCUGAGUAUUAUCGAUGAAGGGGUAGUAGGCGUCAAGGAAAUUGAUGGUGUCUUGAUCGCCGCGCCGGGUACCGGAGAAAAGGGACGCUUCGACAUGUGGAUCCAUCUCAACACACCAGGUGGCCACUCUUCGGUCCCUCCAGAUCACACUUCCAUCGGCAUUGCUGCUGAAGUAAUUUCUGAAAUUGAGAGCGAAAAGUUCCCUGCUGCGUUCACGGAACGCAAUCCUGUUUCCCACUACUACCGUUGUAUUGCGAAGCAUUCUGACACCAUGUCUCCCAGUAUCAAGAAGGACUUUGCCACCGCUAUGAUCAACUCCGAGGCGAACAGCAGGGUGCUGAAGUAUCUGUUCGAAACCGGAGGCAGGAAAACCGAGUACUUGUUUCGCAGUACGCAUGCAUUUGACAUUAUUCACGGUGGCAUUAAGGCAAACGCCCUCCCAGAGACCGUCUCGUUCUUUGUCGACUCAAGAAUUUCGGUAGAAUCGGGCUCUGCCGAGGUUAUUGAUUCCUUCCUGACCAAAAUUUUGAAGGUAGCUCACAAGUAUAAUUUAGGCCUUACUGCUGACGGUGAAGAAAUUCUACCCGCUACCCCCAAUGGCAAUUUCAAACUUGAAUAUAAACUUGGUCCCGAGCCUGCACCAGUGUCGCCUCCCAACGAGGUGUGGGGAUUAUUCGCUGGCUCAAUUAAAACUUUCUACGAGGAUGUCAUUUUCCCCCAGAAAUUCAAUGAGUCCAGAGAACUAAUUGUGGCACCUAGUAUCAUGACUGCAAAUACCGACACAGUCCACUACUGGAAUUUGACGGAGAACAUUUAUCGCUACCAGCCUGGUUUCGCUAUGGAAGAUACCCUGUCCACCAUUCAUUCCGUUGAUGAGCAUAUCAACUUUGAAACUGUGAUGCAUGUUGUGGCUUUCACUUAUGGCUAUAUCCAUGCUGCGAACUUAGCUGACCUGUAG